AUGUCUCAUCACAGCGGCUACAAACAGUGGCCCUUCGUCACUAAAGAAGAGUUUGAUCUAGCUUGUGCUUUCUUAGAUCAAAGAUAUGUGAGAGCCGAAAUGGGGGGAACAAGGCGUGGCUUUAAACUUCGUUGUCGGCGAGUAGCAACUACCGGAACAUCUUUUAUAGAGAUACUUCGGCCGCUCAAGCCCUGUCAAAACAUUGAUGAGUUAUCAUUUUCAUUUGAUAAAUUUACAAUAAGCAGUUGCAAAAAUCUUGAUGAUCAUUAUGCAGAUACACUUAUUGAUACUAUGGUUGAAGACACGGAUGAGGAAGCUCUUAGAACCCUAAAUCUUCCCCCCAGAUAUAAGGAGCACUCAUCUCAACCUUACGUCAUUUAUGAAAUUCAUCUGCACCCGACCUACAAUAUGCCGACUCUUUGGUUCACCCUCCAUGGCUUGAAUGAAGAAGAAUCAGGUCUUGAUCUAGAGGUCGUAUACCGUUACCUUGUACAGCCUCAGUAUCAACUUCAAUUGAGAUCAACAGGUGUCAUUGGAGCUCUCUCGGCAGCUCCUAAUCCAGUAACUGGAGUUCCUGCCUUCUUUGUCCAUCCUUGUCAGACCAAAGAGGCCAUGGAAGAUUUUAACUGUCCCCUAGAGGAUUACCUAUCAGUAUGGAUAGGAAUUGUCGGAGUUUGCAUAGGGCUCUGGCUUCCUCCUGAAAUUGCCCUAGUUCACUUGUGA